UUCUCUUUUCAAUGAAAAUUUGAUCCUAAAUCGAUUUUCGAUUCGACUCGUCGCACAGUGAUUUAUAAAGAACACUUUUAAAUUCCGAGCGCGCCGCCGCGCCUCCAAACGCGUCUCGCGUAUAUAUACCGUCAAUGUAAAGUCGCCUGAUGUCUGUUGUAACUGUAUACCGCACAGUAAAAAGCCGCACGUGUACACUACAGAGUCCGUACGGUGUACAGUCUUGAAAGAACGUGUGCAUGUGUCCUUUGCCAUUCGAGCAAAAAAGUACUUAAAAAUGCCUUAUUCCGAGUACGCCCUUUUCGAGAGUCGAGCAAAGGAAGCGGAGGAGUCGAUCAUCGAGUUGAAAAAGGAACUUGCGAAUUUGCACAAAAUCAUCAACAGCGAUAACUUCAAAAUCGAUGAGGAUCACACGGCCAGUCAGCAAGAGCUCGAUAACACCAAAAAGGAGAACGACAAAUUGCGGAUGCAAAUAAAUAUCCUCAAAAGGACGUACAAGGAGAGAAAAGCUCAACAUCUUCUACUUGACACUGACCUAAGCAAAUGCGAAAGAAUGAUUAGUUUGUAUGAUAAUUUAAAUGCUCUCUUUGAGAAAGCCAUCAACGAGGCUUAUCCUGAUGUAGUUGAUCCACCUGUAGUUAUAUCAUCUAGUAACAAUCCUAAAUUUGGAGAUUAUCAGUGUAACAGUGCAUUGCCAUUGUGUAAACUUCUUAGUAUGGAAAAAACUGAUGCUAAGAAGAAAGUAUCUCCUCUUGAUGUUGCAAAAAAUAUAUUGUCAAAAGUACCAAGCUCACCUCUUAUUGAAAAACUGGAUAUCGCUGGAGCUGGCUUCAUAAAUAUCUACCUGAAACGAGAGUAUGGGCAGAAUACUUUGAAAAAUAUAUUAAAACUUGGAAAAGUUAAUCCUCCACCAAUCUACCAACCAAAAACAGUUCUUGUAGACUUUUCAAGCCCAAAUGUUGCCAAGGAAAUGCACGUUGGUCAUCUGAGAUCUACUAUUAUUGGUGAGAGUAUCAGCAGGUUAUUGGAAUUUUUGGGACAUAAAGUAUUGAGAAUCAACCAUAUUGGUGAUUGGGGUACUCAGUUUGGAAUGUUAAUAGCUCAUUUGGAAGACAAAUUUCCAAAUUAUUCCACUGAGUCACCACCAAUUUCUGACCUUCAGGCUUUCUAUAAAGAAUCUAAACUUCGAUUUGAUAGUGAUGAAGAAUUUAAAAAACGAGCUUAUGAGAAUGUUGUUAAAUUGCAAGCUCAUGAACCUAAAAUUAUUCAUGGAUGGAAAUUGAUAUGUGAUGUGUCUAGAAAAGAAUUUCAGAAUAUUUAUGAUCGUUUGGAUAUCACAUUAACUGAAAGAGGUGAAUCUUUUUAUCAAGAUCGUAUGGUUGCCAUUGUCAAAGAAUUGGAAGAAAAAGGAUUCUUAGAAGAAGACGAAGGUCGCAAAAUUAUGUGGGGAAACCAAAAAGAAGGCACCAUUCCUUUGACCAUUGUUAAAAAAGAUGGUGGCUUUACAUAUGAUACAUCUGACAUGGCAGCAAUCAAGCAGCGUAUUUUUGAAGAGCAAGCAGAAUGGAUUAUCUAUGUUACUGAUGCUGGACAAGCUACACACUUCCAGAUUAUUGUGAGUUGUGCAGAGAGAGCAAGAAUAAAGUUGAGCCAUCACCGAGUGGAUCAUGUUGGUUUCGGUGUGGUACUUGGAGAAGAUAAAAAGAAAUUCAAAACUAGAUCUGGCGACACGAUUAAAUUAAGUGAAUUAUUGGACGAAGGUCUAAAACGCGCUGAGGAUAAACUCCGAGAAAAGGAACGCGACAAGCACCUAACGGAGGAAGAAUUCCGUGACGCCCAACGAGCCAUCGCUUACGGCUGUAUCAAAUACGCCGAUCUCUGCAACAAUCGUGCCCACGAAUACGUAUUUUCUUUCGAUAAAAUGCUUCAAGACAAGGGCAACACGGCGGUCUACCUGCUGUACGCGAGGACGCGAAUUCGCUCGAUCGCCCGCACCGCCAACGUAACGCAAGAGCAGCUCAGGAAAGCCAUCGAGGACACGCCGAUCUCUCUGGAGCACGAGAAGGAGUGGAAGCUGGCCAAGGUGCUGCUCAAAUUUCCCGACAUCAUCGCCAGGGUCACGAAGGACUUGUCGCUGCACACCCUGUGCGAUUUCUGCUACGAGAUCGCCACCACCUUCACGGAAUUCUACGACAGCUGCUACUGCGUAGAGAAGAACAAGACCGGCGAAAUCGUGAAGGUCAACAUGGGAAGGAUAUUGCUGACCGAGGUGACGGCCAUGGUGUUGGAGCAGUGCUUCUCCAUACUGGGCUUGAAACCCGUUGAAAAAAUGUGAAUAGAUGAUAUAAUUGUAACAUCGCUGGUUGGUGAACAGAAAAAAGAGAGACAAUAAUAAAGUAGCUUGUAAAUUUUUGAUAAAAAAAAAAUCCGAUUGAAAUAUUUGCAUGCUUCGUAGUGUCAAGUUUUACAAAUGAGCUGAAAAAAAAAAACAUUAAUUUUCUGUAAUAAGAAUUUUCAAUAAAAAUA